AAGUGUCCAGCUCCCCAUUUCUUGUAAACGCCACCGUUACAAAUAAUUCAUCUGGGCAGAUGAACAGCCAGACCCGUUGGUAUAGUCUGCUUUCCACACACUGGGUGAUUACACUUCACUGUUCUCCGCUGUCGACAGCAAAACAUUCAAGAAUUAAGAUAUGGCGUCUCUCAGCAUGACAGAAGACCAGUUGCGCUGUUCCAUCUGCCUGGAUCUCUUCGUCCACCCUGUCUCCACUCCGUGUGGACACAACUUCUGCAAAUCUUGUAUCUCUGACUACUGGGAUAUCAGGGAAGCCAUCUGCCCUCUGUGUAAGGAGACGUUCAAGAAACGUCCUGACCUCCACGUCAACACAUUCAUUAACGAGAUAAUCAACCAGUUCAAAUCGGCACAGGAGGACAUUUCUCCACACACCAUUUUGCCAUUGAGAGAGCCAGAACAGGGGGAUGCUACAGAUGGAGGAGUGAACAGGAAGAUCCAGGCCAGACUGAAGAAGGUGGAGGAGAUCAAAAACUCAGUGGAGAUCAGCAGAGCUAGUUCAAAGAAAGACAUAGAGGAAAGUGAGCAGGUCUUCACUGAGCUGUUGCGCUCCAUUGAGAGAAGCCAGGCUGACGUCGUCGGUGAGAUCCAGGAGAAACAGAGAGCUGUGGAGAAACAAGCUGAAUGUCUCAUCAAGGAGCUGGAACAGGAAGUAGCAGAUUUAGAGAGUGGAAAUAAUAAACAAGGGGAACUCCGUUCCACCCCACAACAGAUCUGUUCUGAGACCAGUGCUAGCGGUGGUGGAAAAACCAUCUGGGGAAUUGUGUCCCAACUGGAGGAUACCUUCAGAGAGGAGAUGAAGAAAGUCAUGGAUAAAGGGUUGAAAUUGCUGAAGACUAAUGCAGUGAACGUGAUUCUGGACCCCGACACAGCUCAUCCUUUCCUUGUUCUGUCUGAGGAUGGGAAACAGGCCAGACACAUCAACGAUUGGAGGAUCCUGCCUUUCAACCUCAAGAGGUUCAAUACCAGUAUCAGCGUUCUUGGGAGGACAGGGUUCUCCUCCAGGAGAUUCUACUUCGAGGUGCAGGUCUCUGGGAAGACUGACUGGGGCCUAGGAGUGGCCAGGGAGUCCAUCGACAGGAAGGGGAAGGCACUCCCGACCCCUGCGAUUGGCUACUGGACCUUGUGGCUGACCAAUAGGUAUGAGUACAGGGCUGCAGAUGAUUCUGGCUCCAUCCUCCUCUCCCUGAGAGAGAAGCCCCAGAAGGUGGGGGUGUUUGUGGAUCACAAGGAAGGGUUGGUGUCUUUUUACGACUCGGGAGCCAAGGUUCAUAUCUAUUCCUUCACUGGGUGCUCCUUCAAUGAGAAACUUUUCCCCUUCCUGAACUCUAGUGUCAAUGACAAUGAUAAAAACUCUGCUCCAUUUGUCAUUCUGCCUGUCAGUCAUAGAGGCUGACAGGCUGAUUGGUUAGAAAUCAAGAUGGGAUGGGCCACAUGUAUUUUGAUUGGUUCUGGUGUGUUGAGAACUCUGAUUCUUGACAUAGCCAAGGGAAGUAGGGCUGCCGCAACCCCUGAUAAAUUGAAAUAAUUUUGCCAAAAUUAUAUAAUGUCUUCUGUCUGAACACUGACUGAAUUUGUGCAGCACGUGCGCCAAAUAUUGAACAGCAUGUUGAGUUGUGGCCAUAGAGAUAUUAUCCAUAGAAGGAUUCUCACCUUGCCAAUUUUACUGGUAAACUCAUGGGUAAGCUUAAAAUGGCUGCCAGUCCUGACUUAAUGGACACUUUCCUUCUAUGGAUUGUGCUUCUAUGGAUUGUAUUUCUAUGGGUUUUCUUUUUCUCCGUUGCCGUCGGUGAAUAGCGAAAGGCCUUUUGCAAAUGUCUAAAUACAAUUGCGGGAAAUAUGUUAGGAAAGCAAAUGCCUACUGCUGAAAAGAGAAGACUAAUCUGUCUGUCGGAGCUACCAACUCAGACCAACAGCACUGUUUUUUAAAGUAGAUAAGGCCUAUCCUGAAACGAUCAUCGGUACAUUGACAAGGCUAAACAUAUUCAUGCUACCUUCAUCACUGGGUGAGUCAAUUCCAGUUGAAAGUUGAUUUAGAAUCCUGCUAUAAUACGUUUCCUCCUAAUGUUGUACAAUCUGUCUCGUUUCUUUUUAUUAGCCAUGGGCCAGGUCAAGACCAGGUCAUUUUUAAUUCAUCUGUUUGACAGUGUCAGAGUAGCCACUCAUUUCGUUCAUUUGUGUGGUAAUAUAAAAAAAUAUUCUGAUAAUGUCUCCUGUCAUGUAGGCUUAAAUGACAUAGAAUUGCAUUAAAUGCGUUUAUUAAAGGCCACAUUGUUUUAAGACCCUGCAAAAAAACAUCCCCAUCUGUGUCCUUCCUAAAAACGCUUCUGCUGAACUGUUUGCCAGUAUGCAAAUGUAAUGAUAUAUGCGAUAUCAUAAAUGGUAUUUUAUGAUUCUUGAACUCUGCCCCAUUUGUCAUUCUGCCUGUCAGUCAUAGAGGCUGACAGGCUGAUUGGUUAAAAAUCAAGAUGGAAUGGGCCACAUGUAAUUUGAUUGAUUCUGGUCUGUUGAGAACUGUAGUUCUUGAUGAUAGUACUGAUUCAAUAAUAAAUCUGCCUAUGUGUUGAA